AUGACCACUAGUAGUGCAGCAGCCUCACGCUUCAAACCCGGUGACUGGAUGACGCUUCUCUCGGAGGGCAUGCAUGCCACUAAGCUCCGCAUCGAUCUCUGUCUUGCCGUGCAUAUCCCUGACUCCAUGUCUUUCGAAGAAGCUGCCGCCCUACCUAUGGUCCAUCCCACCGUCUACCACGCGCUUGUCAAUGUUGCCAAACUGCGCCCCGGCCAAUCGGUCGUCGUCCAGGCUGCCGUUGCUAGUCGAAUAAGCGCCCUCCUGAUGGAGAAGUAUAACGUGCUAGAAGCGCAUAUCUUCCACUCCUGCGACACUAGCUUUUGCAAACCUAUCAAGCGGAUUAUGGUUGGCCACGACCUUGACUGUGUGCUCAACUCGAGUGAGGAUUCGCUGGUGGUCACCCACCCAACUACUAACUCACCGGCGUGUGGCUUAAGUACGGCUGAGCGGACGGGAAGCCCUGUUUUCCACACCCUAUGGUCUGAGAAUGAACGCAGGAACCGGGUGACAAUCCUCCGAGAAGACCGCACAGGCCAGGGAGGCGAGAUAACGUGGACUCUUCAAGGUGGAACAACAAUCCCCCGAAAGUCAAUUGGAGAAUUUAUCACGGUAAACAAGUCAAAAGUUCAGUCGUAUCUCAUCUACUGUACUUACCUACCCCAACGAGAAGUUGAAGUGAACCGUGGAGCCAUUCCCCUACAAGAAACCCAGGGGUUCCAAUCAACCAUGAAGAACUUCAUCGGAGCCACGCUGGUGACAGCUGCUGUUACAGCUACCGCGAGUAGAACCUCUGCGCCUGCGCCGGGCCCAACGGGAUCUAGCUAUGCAUCUGGUUUUGACAUGACCGCGAGCUGGGCCAAUCUCAGCCCCUACAAGGACGCAGAUAGCUUCGGCCUUCCUAGUGGUGUGCCGCAGGGGUGUGAACUGUCCCAGGUACAUGUUCUACAUCGCCAUGCGCAGCGAUUCCCCACGGAUUACCCGUUGGACGGCGAGGGAAUGACCGACUUCGCAGCCAAGUUGACCAAUUACAGCAAGGCCCACCCAAACAAGACCGUGGCACUCGGUCCUUUGAAGUUCCUGAACAACUGGGACUAUGUUAUUGGCCAGGACAUUCUUAUGGAGAAUGGUGCUGCUACUGAGGCUACAUCCGGUGCCAACUUUUGGAUCAAGUACGGAAGACUGUUGUACCGUGCUGGACGUGAGAAUGCGGCUGCUUGGAGCUCAUCUCUUAACGUCUACGCCAAUGGCACAGACCGCCCGACUCCGGUGUUUCGCACUACCUCCCAGGCACGUAUUUUGGAAAGCGCACGUUGGUGGCUCAGCGGCUUCUUUGGCAAUAGUGGAGCCAACAGCUCUUACGACCAGUAUAAUCUCGUCGUGAUUCCCGAGCAGGCUGAUUUCAACAACACUCUUGCCUCCUAUGAAACGUGCACGUUUGAUUAUUCCGAGGGUGACAACGCUGCUGAGGUCUUCAUUUCUCGAUACACAAAGCAUGCUCGCACCCGUCUGUCCGCUUACUUCCCUCGAGACUUCAACCUGACCAGCAUGGAUGUGCUCGCCAUGCAGAACCUCUGUGUAUACGAGUCCACCAGCCUCGGUGGCUCGUCGUUCUGCUCUCUGUUCACCGAACAAGAAUGGAAGGACUUUGAAUACAACGUCGACGUACAGUACUAUGGAGACUACGCCUACGGCUCGCCCAGUGGUCGCGCCCAGGGCAUCGGCUACGUUCUAGAGCUCGCCGCUCGCCUCGAGGAAAAGCUCAUCAACUCAAGCGACACAAGCAUCAACUACACUUACACCAAUAACGAAGCCCAGUUUCCAUUUGGCCAGCCCUUCUACAUGGACAUGUCUCACGAUGAUAUCAUCUUGUCUGUGAUCAACGCCCUCGGGUUUGACUACUUCAAGUAUGGUCCCAAGGGUUUGCCCGUUCACAUUGACCAUGCGCCGGAACGCAAUUUCUCCCUCAGCCAGAUGACACCCUUUGGUGCCCGAUUCAUCUCUGAAAUCUGGACUUGCCCUCGUGACGUGUCAUUCGAUGAUUUGGAUCCUGUUCUCUACGCCAACCCUACCAUCAUGUCGACCACCAACACCACGAAGUACAUUCGUUUUGUGCUCAACAAUUCUCCUGUCCCACAAGAUGGACUUAUCGGUUGUGAGGAUUCCAGCAAUGGUUUCUGUCACCUCGAUAAGUUCUUGAGUGGCAUCCCCACUCUCAAGGACAAGGCGCAGUUCCAGAAGGCAUGUUUCGGUAACUAUACCACCGGUAGCCAGGUCGGGGAUGGUGCUCCUGAGUCUUAG